AUGGAAGUGGGGUUCGGCCUGAGGACUCAGAGAGGGUGGAACUUUGUGGCAGCGCACUGGCGGGGCCUCAGCCGCGUUCCAACCGAGCUAGACGCGGGACUGCCCUCUAGUGGGGAGUGCUCGGCUAGUCGCGAGUCCAGCGGCGACACGCGACCAUCGGCAUUCCCUCUGCCGGUCAUCCUGGUGCUGCUCAGGCUCCUCGUGUUCCUCUUUGCUCUGGUGGUCUCUGACCUCUGCAGGUUUAUAAAUGUCUCUGAGAACCAGGGCCCUGGCACAAUCCUUCAGUUUUUCUCCUUCAACUGCUCCUCCUACACGUCCACACCCACCCUGGAGUUGCUCAAUGUCCAGCCACCCACCACCUUCUUCAACCCACCCAGCUUGGCCAGGUGGCAAGGGACCUAUGUGGGCAAGUUAACCUUGAGCAGCUCUGCUCGGUUGGAUGCCCUUAUGGUGAACCACUACAAGCUGCAGCUGAAGUUCACAUGUGGCAACCAUGUGACGGAGGGAUCACUCUCUGUGAAUGUGCAUUGGGACCUUAGCCAUAUCCAGUGUGCUGGUCAAUUUGCCAGCCCAGAAAUGAUUCAGGUGCCAGAGACAGUCACACCUGGGGCUCGGCUGUACACUCUGCUCCUCCCAGACUUAGAACUCCACAGAGCCCAGGUGAGCCCAGGACAUGGGAUGGUGGGUGACAGGAUGGGGGCAGGCAGACAAUGUGGUCCAGACCACGAUGCCCUGGAGUUAGCUCACACCCCAGGCACUUCGGUUUCCAGGCUGCAGGUGAAGGCCUUUGAGCAGCACCAGCUGUGGGCCAGUGCCAAGCUCAAGCUCACCAUGAAUGUGCGGCUGGUCAACCUCUGACCUCCACGCUGCCUCCCAGUGCUUCUGGUGUUCCAAAUCCCCGAGACUGCACCUGUGGGCGCCAUGCUGAAUAUUCUCACUUGUGAAGAUCUGGACUCUGUUGAUGCCACCCUGGACUACAAGCUGUGGUUCCACAGCUCUUCCAACCCUGCCAGCCUCUGCCUUCAUGACAGAGUCCUUGAGGUGAAUGCCACACUGGACUGUGACACUCCUGGAACCUGCUUCCAGCAUGCAGCCUCCAUCCUGGUGCUCGAUUGUGGCCAGCCCCAGAUGACCACUGAAGCGCCGGUACUGGUGAUGGUGACACCCAUCAACGAGUUCUCCCCAGCCUGUGCCCCUCGCACAUUCCAGGUUCAGGAGGAUGCAGUGCCCCACACUCUGCUGGGCUUUGUGGUGGGCAUGGAUAUGGAUUAUCCUCAUGACAACAUUGAGUACUACACCUCUGGUGGUCCUACCACCUUUGCUGUGGACAAUCUCAGUGGGGAAGUUUACCUUCUGGGACCUUUGGACUAUGAGCAGCAGAGGCUGUACAGGCUCACUGUCCUGCUGAUUGACCAUGGCCAAGAACAGAACCCCAACUAUCACCGCUCAGGCUCCUGUACCAUUACCGUCAAGGUUGAGGAUGUGAAUGACCAUGCCCCCGAAUGUGAGCCCCCAUUUCAGGAACUCACCAUCUAUGCUCCUCUGGGCCGUAGUGUGGAGGUGACUAAGGUGUCAUGCCGGAUCCCUCAGGAGCCACAGCACCUGACCUAUUCCUAUAGCAUCGUGGGAGGGAAUAGCCAGAACUGAUUCAUCCUGCAAGAGGCCAUCCUGGUACACAGUGACCUUGUGUUGGGGCCCUUCUGGCCACAGCAGCCCUGUACCUAUGAGCUACUGAUCUGUGUGGCUGAUGCAGGCCGCUCCACCCCUGACCUCAGCACCACAGCCACCAUUAUUGUGCAUCUAGUUCACCGGAGGGCCAGCACAGUGGCCACCAGCACCCACAGAACCACAGUGCCCUCAAUGAUGACACCCAUGCUCGUGACAGACACAGAGGCUUUCUGGCAACCACAGCCCUGGUUUGUGGUGGUGUUGACAGCAACUGGUGCUCUUCUCCUCUUGGCCCGAGACUGGCUUCUUGGCAGGCUCCUCCAGGGGUUGGCCCGGCUGCUGCAGGCACCCAGCAAACCAGCCCAGGUUUUGCUGCUAAACAGCAUCCAGGGAACUGAGGGAUACAUCGAGGGUUUCAUGGAGGCACCGAAGAUGGAGAUGUCCCAGGCACCCAGCAGCAUCAUGAGUCUGCAUUUUGAUGGCAGAGCACAGGACUCCCGUGAUACAGGAAGAGACUACCUGUUUAACACACGCACAGGAGCCUGGCGCUGGCUCUGA